UGCUUACAGCAGGCACGUAAGCAAGCAAGCAAGCGUCGAGCAGUGGUCGCAGGUGAUUACCCUUUGUAAGUCGAAAACCGUGUGUUUAUAUUAUUAUUAUUAUAUGUGUUAUAUACCGCGAGUACCGCGUGCGGGCGUUUGUUGUCUAUAGCUGCAGUCCUACCGUCUAGACCUUAGAGAGACCAGUCUUCCUCCGACGUCGAUGCCGGUCGCUCGUUCGCUGUUUUUUGUUCGUCGGCGGUCGUCGUUUAUUUUUAAUAUUUACCGCGUUUUUUUUUUUUAUACCGAAAACUAAUUCAUUUUUAUCCCAAAAACGAAUAAUAUAUUGUCAUCGUUUCAACGUGUACAUAAGGAUAUAAUGCACAUGAUUCUCCGCCGCGGCAACUGCAGCCGGUAACACCAUACCCAAGUCUGCGGCCGUCCUGUCAACACCGGGGCUCAACAAACGGACCAUGUGCUCCUUGCGAGUGCUGUUGGCGGUGUUCGUCUUAGCCGUCGCCUUCGGAAACGCCGUGCAAACGCAGCCGGAACACCACGUAAUUCCUUAUGAAGAUGUCAUGUCGACGGCCGACACGUUUUCGGACGAAGGAGUGACAUCGUAUUCGCAGCUGUUGUUCGACAUAGCCAGAAAACAAGUGGUGGUCGGCGCGAGAGACAACCUGUACCGGCUGGACUUGGACGAUUUGAAGAAAAUCGAAGCGGCAUCGUGGCCGGCCACCGACGAUAAGGUGCAGCUGUGUUUGGACAAGGGUCAGACCGUGGACGACUGUCAUAACUAUGUCAAAGUGCUCUUGGCGGCCGGCAAAAGAUUGUUCGUGUGCGGCACCGGCGCUUUCUCGCCCCAAUGCACUUGGAGAGAGAUGGAAAACGCCACCAACAUUGUCAACACGGUGCACGGUAUAGGCAAGUGUCCGUACAGUCCGCUGUCCAACAUCACUGCCAUGAUCACGCUGAACGGUCGAUACUUUGCCGGUAGUCCUAUGGACUUUUCGGGCGUGGACUCGGCUAUUGUCCGGGACUUGGGAGCUUCGUAUCUGCGCACCAAGAGCUAUGACGCCAAGUGGCUGAACGAACCGCAAUUCGUGGGGUCGUUCGAGACAGACGCCUACGUUUAUUUUCUGUUCAGAGAGAGUGCGGUGGAGUACAUCAACUGCGGCAAGAGGGUGUAUUCGAGGAUUGCCAGAGUGUGCAAGAACGAUGUAGGCGGGGAAACGAUAUUGCGCGACAACUGGACGACUUUCAUCAAAGCUCGAUUGAAUUGUUCGCUGCCCGGCGACUACCCGUUCUAUUUUGACGAAAUCCAAGGUAUGACUUACUUGCCGGACGAAGGGUUGGUGUAUGCUACUUUCACCACUCCAAACAACGGGAUAGCCGGUUCGGCCAUUUGCAGUUUCAGCUUGACCGCCAUAAAUGCUGCGUUCAACGGCCCGUUCAAGCACCAAGCGACCGUCGGCUCGGAGUGGGUCCGGCACAAUCCAACAAAUCAUCAGCUGAAUCACGGUCAAUGUCAAAGGCAAGACCCUAAUCAGAUUCUCGACUCUUCAAGGUAUCAACUGAUGGACAACGCUGUACAACCCACUACACUGGAGCCGCUGUACUAUAAACCUCUGGAAGUUUUGACCCAAAUAGCCGUAGACGUGGUUCCCACCAAGCCACACGGUACUUUGAAAGUAAUGUACGUGGCUACAGCGGAAGGCACAGUGAAGAAAAUUACGAUAUUGCCGAAGACGUCCGUCACGUGCACGUUGGAAGAAUGGAACGUUUUCCCCAAAGGUUCCGAUUCCCAAAUCAUGGCCUUGCAUUAUUUAAAAAUCACCGAUUCCAUUUACAUAGGCACCAAAGACCGAGUUUCGAAAAUACCGUCUCAGCAUUGCGGCAGGUACAGGAACAAAGACGCUUGCAUAAACGCUAUGGAUCCGUAUUGCGGUUGGAACGAGCACGUGGACAAGUGUCAGCCGCCGACCAAUGGCAACAUUUUGGAACACAACUGGAGACAAGACGUGACCAAAUGCCCGGACCGUUCGAGACCGGUAGACGGUGGUUGGUCGAGUUGGUCGGCUUGGAAUCAAUGUACGCAGAACGUCAACGGCAAAGAGUCGUCCGACCAGUGUCUUUGCUCGAGCAGGACUUGCACGAACCCCGAACCCAAGUACGGUGGAGCCAACUGCCAAGGGGCUACCACUCAGGUAACAAACUGCACUGUUCAUGGGCAAUGGUCAAAUUGGUCAGACUGGUCGGCGUGCACGCAGAGUUGUGGUUCUGCCGUGAAAAUCAGGAAGAGGGCGUGUAGCAACCCGGCACCAGCUUUCGGCGGUCGAGUGUGCGUAGGACGUGACACGGACGAGAUGUUCUGCCAUUCCAACCCGCCUUGUCCGGUUUCACCGCCCGUUGUCAAAGAACCCGGUUGGAGCUCUUGGGGAGCGUGGAGUAAGUGUUCGGCUAAGUGUGGAGGUGGCUUCAGACAGAGAUCCAGGUAUUGUAACAACCCGCUGCCCCAAGAAGGCCAAGACUGCAACGGAUGUUCCGAAGAGUACGAGAUCUGCAAUCAAAAACCGUGCACGGAAAGUAAAAAAGUAAUGGCUUGGACACAGUGGACAUCAGCUGGCAACGGUACGCAAAAGAGGUAUAGGUUCUCGUGCCGCUCGCAGGACCAAUCGUCGUCUAUCAGCAUCAUGCAAGACAAAGAAGAAAGCAGACUGUGUCAAGACGGAUCAUGCCACCGACUAGAUCAACCGUCAGAUCCGGAAGAGUCGUGGUCCGAAUGGUCUGGCUGGAGUUCGUGCUCGACCGAAUGCGGUGGCGGCAUUCAAGUCAAGACCAGAACUUGCGACGGUCCAUUAGAAAAUUGUGACGGACUGGCCAAGUUGACCAGACCUUGCAAUACACAAAAAUGCAAAGGCGAAUGGAGUUGUUGGACAGACUUUGGCGAGUGUUCGGUGUCGUGCGGCGAAGGACUGAGGAAACGGACCAGGUAUUGCAUGGUGAACGGCGUAUCCGCCGACGGAUGCGAAGGCCCAUCAGUGAGCCAAGAGCCAUGUUACAUGCCGUGUCAAGCCAUGGACUUGGGCUGGGAAGACUGGUCGGAGUGGUCGUUUUGUGAUAAAAACAACCAAAAAUACCGGACACGAAAAUGCGCUUUGGAACGAUGUUUGGGACCAGACAUAGAAUCUAUACCGUGCUUUGAUUCCAACGUUAUCGAAACUUCCAGCAGCUCCACUUUUUUGAUCUGCCUGCUGUCGUUCGUAAUCGGCGCCUCGCUGGCUUGUCUGACGUUCUACUUGUGGAUCAAACGACAAAAACCCAAAUUGCCGAGCAGUCCGCAUUACAUUACUUCCAAGCAAAACCCGUACGUGACGGUUCCCAUGAAGGAUUACCGUACCCUUCCCAAGCGAACGCCUUCUUUCACCAAACCCGUGACAGUGGGCCAACAGCAGAACGGCACGUUGCCUAAACUGUUCACCAAACCGGCCGAAUACGAAACGGCCACCAUCAAACGCAACAGUCACAGUCUGGUCAACGGUCACAUGAGGUCCAACCAACAAGACUUGGAACAAGAGAAAUUCUUCUGACAACGGCGUCAAUAAACGCUGGCCAAAAAACCUAGUCAUUUUUUAUUUUCUAAACCUGCUUGCGAUAGAAUACAAUGUGAAACAGACUUAGACGUCCGUCCCAAUUAAUAAUGACAACCCAGUUAAGUAAAAGGGAAAAACAUGACAAUAAUAAUUUUGUUUUAUUAUUACCGACCAGUGGCAUUUUUUUUUUUAUAUAUAAUGUACGACCGACGAUCAAAUUACCAAUCUAAUGACUUUGGAUUUAAUAAUAUGCACAUUUUUUUUUUUUUUUUUACUAGACGAUAAAUAUUGACCGAGAAAAAUUUAAUUUAGGUACUCUGUUAUAGCGUUUGAAACGUUUAGUAUUUAGAUUCUAAAUAUUGAAAUUAUCGAAUACAUUUUUCAAUGAAAAUAUUAUAUUUAAUUUAAUCGAAUUCGCUGUAUGAAUAUUAUUAUGCAAGCAAUAUGGUUUGUUGUUAAUGCACCAUAAACGGUAUUAUGGUUUAUUUAUUUUUUUAAAUAAACCUAAUUUUGCCACUAUGAUUAUAUACCGAAAACAGCAACGAACGUAUAUCCUAAAUAAAAAUGUAUAAUUAAUCAAAUUUAGACAACAUAAAUUAUUAUUAUUAUUAUUGUAAAAGUUUUAUAAAUUAGAAGUACGUUUUUUUUUUACUGAAAAACUUGUACUUGAAAACGAUUAAGUACGUUUUUGUGCCAACAAUGUAGCUGUAAAUGAUUAAUGACUGAAUAACAUUUUAUUUUUUUAAUGUUAUAAACCACUGUUUGAACAAAGCAAUGUAUUAUAUACAUAUCAUCGUAGAUCUGCUCAUAUUGAGUAAAACGUAGAUUGCACCUACUUUGCACAUUUUUUU